UUGCAGUUUUGAAAGUUGCUCUCAACAUUUUAAGACCUGAUUGAAUUGACAAAAUGCCUACCUCUGCUCCAGAAGUGUGGAACUACAUCCCAGAAGAAAUCCUCAUACAUAUUUUCUAUUAUCUUUCUCUUCGAGAUAGAUACUCAGUCUUCCAGGUGUGCAGACAGUGGGCCACAGCUGUUUCUUCUAGCUCUGUUUGGCAUUUCACAGAGAUCAGCUGUGAUUCAGAGGAUGAGGAGAGCAUGCUGCAGAGCCUCCUGCAGUUCCUCAGCCAAAUCAGGCACCUGAAGAUUGUGUUUGACCAGUCCAAGGAGAUCAACCGGCAGAAUGUCAAGCGUGUCUUGGAUGUGUUGGCCAAGCAGAACCACCGGCUGCAGCAGCUGUGCAUUGUGUGCCAUGGGGAGAACCCCUACUUCUACUCUGGCCAAGACAUCCUGCAGAGCAUACGCAAUAUAUGCAACACCAAGAACCAGACAGAUCUUCGGCAUGUUGAUUUUCGAAAAAUGCCCUUUACUCUUGAUGAUGAACUUGUUGAGCUCUUAGCCGUCACCAACCCCAACUUAUGCAGUUUGUUCAUCAACAACCGCACCCUGGUGUGCAACGUGGCGCCGGAUACCAUCAGGAGAGUUCUCAGAGCCUGUCCCAAGCUCUCAACUUUGGGGGUUUACUACGCCAGCUUGUCUGACGAUGUUUUUCUGGAACUGAUCAAGCCAGAAAGAGCUCCUUUGACCAACUUAGACAUUUUCUGUGAGCGCCUGGACAAAUAUAUCCCAGUUAUCUCAGAAGAGCUCUGGGCUGCACUAAGUCAAAAGCAUCCUCAGCUCUGUGUAGACCUGGAGUUUGAUCAUACGGUCCCUGCCUUGAAAAUCCCCCAGAUCCUCAAGCCAAAUAUACCUGUGAGCACACUACAACUCAAUACCUGUACCUACAUGGUGAGCCAGAUUAGAUUUGUCACCCAGAGCUACAGCAGCACUUUAAAGAAGCUGACCCUACAAACCACAUCUUCAGAGGAGUUAAAUGCGUCGCUGCUAGAGCUUGCUAGGAAGUGCAGAAAUCUACUGGAGAUCCACUGCUACUGCGUGGUCAGCCAGGAGGUGGUGGAAGCCUUCCUCACCCUCUGCCCCGCUCUGCAGCAGUACACGCUCAAGGUCACCAAGGAGCGGCACCCCUGGACAGCAGUGAGAGUUCGCUGA